CAGUGCCUACCCUCCCUCUUUUGGCGGAGGCGCGCGAUAGCGGAGUACUGCGAGAGAAGGCGAGCGAGCGUCCCAGAGAAGCGCUGCAUAGCCCGGACAGAGACAUACUGCAACUCGGCAGUCGCCCGGUAUCACGAAAGCGGCCGACCGCGAGCAAGAGGAGUCCCUGUGAAGCCUCUUACUCGCCUGUCUGGACACAGACUAACGUUUCUCAAGUUCACAUCGACUACAUACGACGGAGCCCCAAGCGAUCAACAACUGCAGGAAUAGCCCCUCGUGUCUGCUCGGAUAUUUCCUCCCGAAAUGGACGGUUUCGCCGGCAGUUUGGAUGACAGUGUCUCGGCAGCGAGUGCGUCAGAGGUGCAGGACCGGCUGUCGUCUCUGGAGCUGCGGGUGCAGCAGCAGGAGGAUGAGAUCACCGUGAUGAAGGCGGCGCUGGCCGACGUGCUGCGGAGGCUGGCCCUGUCCGAGGACUCCACCGCCAGCAAGAGACCGAGCGGCAAUAAAGGACAGAACCCGCUGCGCGAGGCCUACUCCAUGUCCUGCAUCGCUAACGGCAGCUCCAGCGGCCGCAAGCCCAGCCACAGGGACAGCUCCUCUGUGUCCGUCACCAGGAAAGAGACCAUGUCCUCCGCUGCCAAGAGCGGUCCGGAGCGCAAGAAGGAGAAGCCCCAGAUGGAGGGGAUCAAGGAGAAGGAGGAGCCUCAGCCUAAUGAUAAACCUCCCGCCAGCCCCCAGGCCCCGUCCCCCGCCAGCCACCCCCCCUCCCCCCACCCGCCCCAGGCACAGAAACACACCCCGGAGAACAAGAGCUCCUCUCCAGCCAAAAGCAGAACCCAGAGCAGCAAGCGGAGCUCAGGAGGGAUGGAGCGGUCCCAGAGCAGCACGUGGGAGGGUGGGGAGGAGAGCAGGAACAGGCUGGUGAAGGCAGCCUCCACCUCCAAGCUGCUGGCCAAGGUGGUGAAGAAUGCCGAGAAGCACAAAGACCCAGCUACCACCCAAGCCAAGAUGUCGACUCGAGAGAAGAACAGCCAAGAGGGGGACUACAUUAAGAUGUUCAUGCGGGGGAGGCCCAUCACCAUGUUCAUCCCAUCCGACGUGGAGAACUACGACGACGUGAAGACCGAGCUGCCGUCUGAGAGGCUGAAGCUGGAGUGGGUGUACGGCUACAGGGGUCGUGACUGCAGGGCGAACGUGUACCUGCUCCCCACGGGGGAGAUCGUGUACUUCAUCGCCUCCGUGGUCGUGCUCUUCAACUACGAGGAGCGCACGCAGCGCCACUACCUGGGACACACGGACUGCGUCAAAUGUCUGGCGAUCCACCCUGAUAAGAUCCGCAUCGCCACGGGGCAGAUCGCUGGCGUGGACAAGGAUGGUCGACCCCUGCAGCCCCACGUCAGGGUGUGGGACUCGGUCAGCCUGUCCACCCUCCAGGUCAUCGGCCUGGGCACCUUCGAGAGGGGCGUGGGCUCGCUCUCCUUCUCCAAAGCCGACACGGGUACCCACUUGGGGGUGAUCGAUGACUCUAAUGAGCACAUGAUGACUGUUUGGGAUUGGCAGAAGAAAUCCAAGAUUGCUGAGAUUAAGACCACCAAUGAGGUGGUGUUAGCGGUGGAGUUCCACCCCACGGACGCCCACACCAUCGUCACCUGCGGCAAGUCCCACGUCUUCUUCUGGACCUGGAGCGGCACCUCGCUGGCACGCAAGCAGGGAAUCUUUGGGAAAUACGAGAAGCCCAAGUUUGUGCAGUGCCUGGCCUUCCUCAGCAACGGGGACAUCCUGACGGGCGACUCGGGGGGCAUCAUGCUGGUGUGGAGCCGCAGCACUGUGGAGCCCGCCCCGGGGAAGGGCCCCAAAGGCGUGUACCAGAUCAGCCGGCAGAUCAAGGGGCACGAGGGCAGCGUGUUCACCCUGUGCCAGAUGAGGAACGGCACCCUGCUGACGGGGGGCGGGAAGGACCACAAGAUCGUCCUGUGGGACCACAACCUGCACGCGGAGAGAGACAUCGAGGUCCCUGACCAAUAUGGAACUAUUCGAUCAGUGGCCGAGGGGAAGGGGGAGCAGUUUUUGGUGGGCACGUCGCGCAACUUCAUCCUGAGGGGGACGUUCAACGAUGGGUUCCAAGUGGAAGUGCAGGGUCACACGGACGAGCUGUGGGGGCUGGCCUCGCACCCCUUUAAGGACGUGUUCCUCACCUGCGCCCAGGACCGGCAGGUGUGCCUGUGGAACUCCGUGGACCACUCCCUGGAAUGGACCAGGCUCCUGGACGAGCAUGGUCACUGCGCGGACUUCCACCCCAGUGGUGCUGUAGUGGCCAUUGGGACUCACUCAGGAAAGUGGUACGCUCUCGAUGCUGAGACGAGGGACCUGGUCGCCAUCCACACAGACGGGAACGAGCAGCUGUCCGUCAUGCGCUACUCCGUGGAUGGCACCCUGCUGGCAGUGGGAUCACACGACAACUUCAUUUACCUCUACACCGUGUCGGAGAAGGGCAGGAAGUACGGGAGAUUCGGGAAGUGCACUGGACAUUCCAGCUACAUCACACAUCUUGACUGGUCCCCCGACAACAAGUUCAUCAUGUCCAACUCAGGAGACUAUGAAAUCCUUUACUGGGACAUUCCAAAUGGGUGCAAACUGAUCCGGAACCGCUCCGAGUGCAAGGACAUCGACUGGGCCACGUACACCUGCGUGCUGGGCUUCCACGUGUUCGGCGUGUGGCCUGAGGGAUCGGACGGGACGGACAUCAACGCGCUCAUCCGCUCCCACAACAGGAAGGUGAUCGCACUGGCCGAUGACUUCUGCAAAGUGCACCUCUUCCAGUACCCCUGCUCCAGACCCAAGGCCCCGAGUUACAAGUACAGCGCCCACAGCAGUCACGUGACUAACGUCAGCUUCCUGCACAGAGACAGCCACCUGGUGUCCACGGGGGGCAAGGACACCAGCAUCAUGCAGUGGCGUCUGGUGGAGAAGCACUCGUCUCUGCCGGUCACGCUGGCGGAGGGCCUGCUGAACUCCGCCCCCCGGGGCGGGGUCCCGCCCCCCGUGGGCUCGGCCACUCCCACGGAACCCAACUCGCUGCCGCUGACCUCCCCGCUCACCGGCGCCGCCACGCCCCCUCUCGCCCCCGCUGAGCCUACGCCCAACGGACAGCAGGAUAGCUCCCCCGACACCCCUCCCCCUUCUGUCAGCCCGCCCCCUUCUGUCAGCCCGCCCCCGUCUUCCGUGACCCCGCCUCCAUCUUCCGUGACCCCUCCCCCGUCUUCCGUUUCCCCGCCCCCUUCUUCCGUGACCCCGCCCCCGUCCUCCGUCACCCCGCCCCCUUCUUCCGUCACUCCCCCCCCGUCCGACAGCACGCUGAGCGCCAAGGACAGCCUGGAGCCCAACGACGACACGGCCACGCCCAGCGACGGCCACACCCCCUCCACCCCCUCGUAAGAACCUGAGCCAGAACCGCGCGUUCGCUCCCUGUCCUGCUCUGAGCUCCCCCUACAGGCCCGGUGGUGUAACUGCGCUUUCCAGGGGAGCACAGCUGGGCUAGUUUUUUUUUUCUAGUUUCUUUUUCCUGGUUCUUUGAUGUUUAUUUUUACGUUCUUUUUGUCUGUCUGUUUGUUAGUUUGUUUGUUUUGAAGUUGUUAAUUUCCAGAUUGGUUGGAAAAAAGGGCGUUUGGUGUAAAAAUGGGCUGGUAUGAUAUUCGGUUUAGUGUUUUAUCGGUUGAGCGAGAGGGUUCGAGAAGAUAGCCCCCCCCGGCUGUUUUAUAUGAUGCAGGAGAUUUAACUGAAGAUUAAACAUGGAGAAAACGCAGACACAGAAACACACACAGACACUAACAAUCAAAAACAGACAGACACUAACACACAAGCUCUAACAGACACAACACACACACAGAUUCACACUAGCAUGUCUUCAGACACGGAUAUAUUUUUGGGGAAGAAAUUAGCAUUCUUAGACAGAGAGAAAAUGGAUGCUUCUUUUGCAUUGAAGAGGAUGCUUAACCUUGGGUUGGUUUAAUCUGAAAAACCUGGCUUUCAGUUUUAAUUUCCUUUUAUUAACUGAAUUUUAUCUAGGGAAAGUUCUAGUCAUUGUGCUGUUGAAUGAAAAGACAAAAGCAUAGAGGAGCUGCUCUACCUCUGCAACUCAACACACACACACACACACACACGCUCGCACACACAUACACACGCGCACACACACAUACGUGUACACACACAUGUACACACGCACACACACAAGCACACACAGGUCUAUGACAUCAGUGCAUAGUUGUAUACUUGUGAAGUCAGGUCUGGCUGAAGUGGCUGUGAUAGGCAGACAGAAGCAGGAGAAGCCCAAUGAGAUGGCUGGCCCAUAUCCCUGUCAUGUGACCUGCCAUGACCCUGCAGGCAUCCCCUUACGACCCCCUGACCCCUGACCCCUGACCCAGCACCCUACCCACUCCCCUUCCUGCUCUAAACAGACAGACGACCACACACAGCUGUCAAGCGUUCUAACGGUGUUCACCAUACACGUUCUAACGGUAUUGGACAUAAUAAAAAUAUACAAUAAAAAAAAAAAAUUACAAAUUGCCGUUACAGUUACCAUCUUUCUUCCUUAGAUAAUGACCAUGCUCAUGGACUCUCUCCCACCACAUUUCUUCACAAGAGGAAAAGAAUGAAUUUGUUGCCCAGUUUUAGGUGUAAUGCUGUAAUGGAGGGUGUAAUGGGCACGCUGGAUCCUCCAGGACGGCGCAGCGCUGUGGUUAGUGGUGUGAAAGGCGCCUUCAUCGCUCUGUCCCGCCUGCACCACGUCCACCGUUCAGACCUUACGCUCUGUAUGUCUUUUUGUGUUUUAGUAUUUGUUUGUUUUUUUUGACCUUUGACCCUUUAUUCGUUUUAUCACGGCGAUGUCGAAAAGAUGACUUCUGCGCGAUUCCCCCUCCAGUCGGCUCAUCAGAGUGUUCAGAUUUACACGGGAGCGGCCGGCGUUCGAUUACGCUACGCCGGCUUCUCCGCGUCUUCGAAAGUCUGAUUUUGUUUUUUCGAGGGUGGGUGGGUGUGUAAUAUGCUAUUUCUUUCUUUUUUUUUUAGGAGUAAUUAGAGACAAUUUUUUCUCUUUUCUGGACUGAAAUAUUUUUAAAGCGAUUUGAAAUCUUCUGUUGUUUGUUUGUUUGUUUGUUUGUUUUUUUUUUUGGACUGAGACGUUUUUUUUUUUUUUUUUAAGUCUUAAGUGUGUGAGCCGGCGUUUACACAUCUGUGUCAUUCCGGAAAGGCGUCCCGGGUCUCAUUCCCCCUCCGCAGAAUCUCAGGAUCAAUCCUCCAGGAACACAGCCAGCCCGGACGGAGGAAGGAGGAGCCCCCCUUUCUCCCGAAACCUCCCCCCGCCACCCCGCCCCUUCCCCCGUAUGGGAACGCGCUGGUAUCCGAUGCAGGUCUAAUAGAGCGAUGUCGUUUCGAGAAAGGGGUUCUUUCGCGUUUCUGGAAGCGUUUUCUGUGUCGCUCCCUGUACGGAAGCAGAGGCUGAUGGGAUACGUGCCGGGCUCCAUACGGUCACCGUGGCAGCCGUGCCGGUCACUCGCCAGUGACGUGAUUGGCCGCGGGCUGCGCGGAGCGGUCAUGUGACUUACCGAGUUGUGAAGAAGUUAUGUUAAUACUGUGCUUCACCAACCUGAUAGAGAAUAUGGCUGCCAGGUUUCAUGGCUGCACACUCCUAGGGUAAAGUGUGUUUUUUUCUGUUUUAAAGACUGCUUGAUGCGGUGACCUUGUAAGAAGACAUUGGAUGUAGAGAUGGAGGGUGUGUGUAGUGCUCGCACUGAGGAGCGAUGUGAGGGACAUUGUAAGUGAAGGAUGUGAUGAGGUCACUGUUUUGGGAGAGGUGACUCCCGUUGCAUGGCAGACGGGAUGUCACUCAAAGGGCUGAAUUUGCAUAUGCAGUACGAUUGGCUCAGCGCAGAGAUUCGCAGCGUGGGAUUGGUCCGUGCUAUGCACUGCGCUGCUCAUACCCUUCAAAUACCAACCUUUCCAGUUGAUCUUCAAAGAACCUCGUUUCUUCUGUGUAUAUUAUAAUUUUUCAGAAUGUUUCCCAGUGAAAUGCUUGUGUUCUCUCCAGGGAAUGUUUUUAGUCAUUUUUUCAGUAUUUUUUUAUUGAUUCAUUUCUGUUAAAAAAAAAAAAAAAGGAGUUGACUCCCAGCGAGCCACACCUUUGACUGCCCAGGUUUUAGCAGACCUUAGCAAAGCCAGGACAACUUUCAACCCCUUCCUCCAUCUUCCCAUCAUGCCAUCACCCCUCCCGGACUACAGGGGGCGCUGUUCCUCUCUGUACGCCUGAAACGGUGUGAUAAGGAAGGCUCUGUCGCUGAUUACACCCUGAUUCCAGCUCUGCGGUUGUCCACACUCUCGUCUUUGUACAUUCAGGUGUGGCUGUUUUCUGUAUAUAAUGGUAUGCCUGUGUGUAUAUAUCUGUUUUAUUCAGUGAUGUUAAAAUCAACCUUUGUCAGAAUCCACCACUUCCAAGAAAAAAUGGUUAAUGUUUAAAAGAAUAGCACGUCGGAAAUCAGUUUUUAAUCAUUGACAGCAGCAUACCGAUGUUUUUAAUAAUACCCGACCCUGAACUGAGACAAAUUGUAGCGGGAUUAUCAGAUUUUGGCAGCGGGGAGCAGUUGUGGGAGCAACCUUUGGAAUUAAAAUAAACAAAAAAACGGCGCUCUGGUGACAGGGCGGCAGGGCGUGUCCAAACGGAGGCGGGGGGUGUGGAGUGGAGUGGAGUGGAGUGGAGAGGAGUGGGGAGGAGGUGUGGCCUUGCUGGGACUGUUCCGGUCACAGUAAAGAAGUUUCUGGGUGACCUUUGGACCUGUCUCCUCGGGCCGCGGCAGUGGUCAGCUCUGGGAGGCCAGCCGUACACAAAAUGGUUGAAUGUGUCUGAGAUGAAUUGCCUUGCUUACACGUCUGUGUCAGGAGUGGGGAUGUUGGUAGAAGGGGUUGGUUUUUUUUUUGUGUUUUUGAGGGCGAUAGACGGUACAUAACCGCAGACACCAGUGCCCCUCACUCUGUCUUCUUAUCAGACGCUGGCAGAAAUCUGGCUAUAAAUCCCGGAUCUGGGGUUCUCCGCGUGAGCUCAAACGGCACGGAUACCGUGUCGCGUCCAGAGAGGAUGUUGCCGUGGAGAUGUGGGCGGGUGGUACGAGCCAUCCCAUCAUGCACCACUGUGCGUUCUGGUGUCUGCUGGGGAUGUGUGUCUGUCUCUCCGUUUUAUUGAGUCCCCCUUCGGUCUCCAGCCAAUCCAAUUCCUUGCAGCGCUGUGAAUGUUUUUGGGGUGGAGUGGGGUGGGGCGGGAGUCUACAUGUUA